GUGAGUGUGCGAGGCACGCGGUUGCGUGCCUUUGUGCGAGCGCAUGUGGGUUGAGAAACAAUAUACUAUUUGCUGAACACAACUGCUUGGAGUUUGGAGUUUUAUUAUUCAUCGCUACAACGAAUCUGCAUUUAAACGGGUAACGUCAUCAUCGUCGUUACAGUAGCGACAGCAUGGAAACUAACGUCACGGCGUCGGUGGCGGCGGCGAAAGACGCUGGGAGAGUGACGGGCGAUACCGGUGAAGACAUGAAAGAGGUGGAUGCCAAGAACCAGACCUUUCUCAUCAUUGUCAGUUACCACCGCAGCGGCUCUUCGCUAGUCGGUGAGAUAUUCAACAACCACCCGGAUGUCAUGUACUUCUUCGAGCCGAUGGUCGUCUUCCCCGAAUUCCGCGCACACGACUUCGACCCGUGGCUCGCGCGCAAGCGCCGCACCAUCGCCCACGGCGCCACGAUCGCCUCCGACGUCUUGGCCAACGCGGCGCGCCUGCUCGCCGACAUGCACGCGUGCGACUGGAGCGGCAUCGCCGUCUUCAGCAACGACCACCGCCGCUGGCCGAGUUGGCCGGCGUUCCUGAGCCGCAGCCGCGCGAUCGCGCGCGCCGCCGGCUGUGACGCGCGCGUCGACGUCGACCGCAGCCGUGGCACCCUCUCGCUCGCUUUACUCUUCGGAACCUCGCCGCUCGCGUUGCCCAGACUCGUCGCCAGGGCGCGCCGCCGCGGCUCGAUGCGUGCUGCAUGA